UGACUUAUUAAAAAUGCAGCAUAGCCCCUGUCUGCUGCUUGUCAUCCAAUCAAAACAAAAUUAGUGCGUAGAGGAUAUUGGAACGUGUUCAAAGUUGUCUUCUCAAGUCCGCCUUCCACCAGCCUCUCUGGCUCUAAAAAGCCCAUAAUUUAUUGGGCCAUCAUCCUCAUUUCAUUGAUUCCUCCAUUUCCUUGCCAAGGGAGGAGGUGGCAACAACAACAAAAAUUCUUACCAAAAAAUGACUAUUCUUUAAAGAGUAUUUCGCUUUUUUCACCACCCACUCCUCUCUGACCCCCUCUAGUGGGACAGGUAUUAACAUGUUUACAGAGUCCCAUUUUACAGAGUUCUAGUUAGGAAACGCAGUUCAUCCGGGAGGAGAGGAAAUCCACUCAGGCGGACCGGUCCCCACUGGCCACCUCCCCCGAGGAGGGUGGGCGAACCUGCCGGAAUGGGUGAGGGUAGGAGGGUUGCCUCGAGAUGGAGACUUAAAGAUCCGGGGGCUCAGGCAGGGAGCGCAGCGGAAACCGGGGUCUGAGGCCGCAGGAAACGGGCAGUCUAAGAAUUUGCUAACCCUUUGGGACUUCCCUAGAGGUCCCAUGGUUAAGACUCCGCGCUUCAACUGCAGGGGGAGCAGGGUCCAUCCUUGGUUAGGGAACUAAGAUCCCGCAUGCCCCGCCGCCGGCCAAAAAAAAAAAAAAAGAGAGAGAGAAAAGAAUUUGCUGUCUCGUAGCACCUGCUGCUGUGUGUGAAAAAGUGCAAAGAGAGUGUGCCAGAGAAGCACCUGGAAAAGCGCUGGCGCGAGAUAAAGGGACGGCGGAGGGCUAGGUGUGGAUUGCUGGCAUGGCGGCGAUGAGACCGCGAGGUGGGCGAUCGUGAAGCCAGGUGACCGUGACGAGUGAGAGGGUCUGGUGCUGCACCUGUCACUGUGCUAGACCUGGUAGAGGAUGCUGCGGCAGGUGCUUCGCAGAGGGUUCCAGUCGUCCUGCCACAGGCUGGGCUCGUGCGUGAGCCGGCACCCGGUCUGUUUCCUCACCGUGCCCGCGGUCCUGACCAUCACCUUCGGCCUCGGCGCACUCAACCGCUUCCAGCCCGAGGGCGACCUGGAGCGCCUGGUCGCUCCCAGCCACAGCCUGGCCAAGAUCGAGCGCAGCCUGGCCAGCAGCCUUUUCCCCCUGGACCAGUCCAAAAGCCAGCUCUAUUCGGACUUACACACCCCCGGGAGGUAUGGCAGGGUGAUCCUCCUCUCCCCACCCGGGGACAAUAUUUUGCUCCAGGCUGAGGGGAUCCUGCAGACCCACCGAGCCGUGCGCUUCUGCCAGUUAAAGAGGCAGCACUUCAUUUCUUGCCCUAAACAAGCAGAGAAAACGCAGAGGUUUCAUCUUUAAGACACAGAAGACAAUUGCUUCUUUCAUUGGAGGAGAAGGUGUGGAUAAAUUUGGAAGGAAAAACUAAAGUAAAACAAUAUCAAAGGCACAAUUAUAUAUUUAUUAGAGGUUGGUUAGUUACUGGAAGGUGGAUCGUGAGCCUUCAGCGUUGCCAGGGACUUUAUUUCCCUUGCCAAGAGAAAUAAACACGUAGCUACCAGCAGCCUGGCUAGAAUUUGGUACUGAGUGUCCGUACUGAUGUAUGCCUGUGUGACGGUCAAUACUAAGCUUUGACUAUAAUUGUGAUUCCAUGAAUUUAUGUGUGACUGUAGUAGGAAUCCCACCAAUCACGUAUAUUUGUGUUUGCAUGCAAAACUAGCUGCUCCCUAGGUCUAAAUGGAAAUAAUCAUAUGCUACAUGCUAGGGUUGGUAAACUUGACCAUAAGCAAAUAGUUUAGGCUUUGCAGACCACACACUAUCUUUGUCAUAUAGUCUUGCUUUUUCCUUCUCUUUUCCUUUUUCUCUUUAUUGUUUUUAACAAUACUUUAAAAGUGAAAAAAAAAAAAAAAUCAACUCGCAGGCCAAACAAAAUCAUGCCAGGGGUCAGAUCUGGACCCCAGACCAUAGUUUGCUAAUCUCUGAAAUAGAAGUUUGUAUAUAAUCAGAGGGGUUUAUCUUCCUUUUUAACUAUUCUAUGACUUUAGUGUGAAAAUGUGUUUCCUCUUCAUUUUCUAAUCCCUUUUACUGUGCCCUCUAAGACUCAGCUUGCCUGGACACCUGACCAUUUGUUUUGUUUGUUUGUUUUGCGGUACUCCGGCCUCUCACUGU